GUACUGGUAAAUACUGCCUGCUGUUUUCUGAUGCUGAUUGCUAAAAUAAUCCAGUGUGCAGUAUUUGGUCCUCUUCGUGUUAGCGAGAGGCAGCAUCUCAAGGACAAAUUCUGGAAUUUCAUCUUCUACAAGUUUAUCUUCAUUUUUGGUGUGCUGAAUGUUCAAACAGUGGAAGAGGUGGUCAUGUGGUGCCUCUGGUUCUCCGGGCUUGUGUUUCUCCACCUCAUGGUUCAGCUCUGCAAGGAUCGGUUUGAAUAUCUUUCCUUCUCUCCCACCACACCAAUGAGCAGCCACGUCAGAGUUCUGACUCUGCUGUCUGCCAUGUUACUCUCCUGUUGUGGUCUAGCAGUUGUCUGUGGAGUUAUCGGCUAUACACAUGGAAUGCACACACUAGCUUUCAUGGCAGCAGAGUCUCUCCUUGUGACGGUGAGAACUGCUCAUGUGAUUUUACGCUAUGUAAUUCAUCUCUGGGAUCUCAACCAUGAAGGAACCUGGGAGGGCAAGGGAACAUAUGUAUAUUAUACAGAUUUUGUCAUGGAGCUAACCUUGCUUUCACUGGACCUGAUGCAUCAUAUUCACAUGCUGCUAUUUGGCAAUAUCUGGUUGUCGAUGGCCAGCCUAGUGAUUUUUAUGCAGCUGCGUUAUUUGUUCCAUGAGGUUCAGCGUAGAAUCCGUCGUCACAAGAACUACCUGCGUGUGGUUGGGAACAUGGAAGCUAGGUUUGCAAUUGCAACUCCUGAAGAGCUAGCUGUCAAUAACGAUGACUGUGCCAUUUGCUGGGACUCCAUGCAAACUGCCCGUAAACUCCCAUGUGGGCACCUCUUCCACAACUCAUGCCUGCGUUCCUGGCUUGAACAGGACACAUCCUGUCCCACCUGCAGAAUGUCUCUCAAUAUCACUGACAACCACCGAGUUAGGGAGGACCAUCAGAGAGAGAACCUAGAUGAGAACUUGGUACCUGUGGCAGUAGCAGAAGGCAGACCUCGCUUGAACCAACACAAUCACUUCUUCCACUUUGAUGGCUCUAGAAUUGCUAGCUGGCUGCCCAGUUUUUCAGUGGAAGUGAUGCACACUACUAAUAUCCUGGGUAUUGCACAAGCAAGCAACUCACAACUUAAUGCUAUGGCCCAUCAGAUUCAAGAGAUGUUCCCUCAGGUUCCUUACCAUAUAGUUCUACAGGAUCUCCAGCUGACCCGUUCUGUAGAAAUAACAACAGAAAACAUCCGUCCGGAUGGUGGUAGAGCCACAUCAAACAGUCCAGUGGAAAGGCAUAAUUCUGAUCAGGAGGAAGCAGAAAUUACUACUCAGACUGAAAGAGCGCCACUUGAACUCAGUUCAAGGCUGGAAGAAAUGGAGUUCAGUGAAAUGGAAGCAGAGCCCAGUGAGACAGAAGAUUUUGAGGCCCGAGGAAGUCGCUUCUCCAAGUCCGCUGAUGAAAGGCAGCGUAUGUUAGUUCAGCGGAAGGAAGACCUGCUGCAGCAAGCUCGCAAGCGUUAUUUAACCAAAACCUCCGAUGAGGACUCCACCUCUGAGAGCCCCUUUCUGUCUGAGGGUGCUGCUUCAGACCCUGUCACCGUGCGCCGCAGAAUGUUAGCCGCUGCUGCCGAACGGAGACUGCAGAUGCAACAGACCUCUUAGUGCUCUCUGCUGCCGCCACCGUCUCCUCAUGAGCAAUGUUAAAAAUAAAUAAAUAAAUAAACAAACCCUGCACUCUUCGUACCAGCAGGAAGUCUCUCUUCUGAGCUCCACUAGCUGUGCUGAUGAGUGAGCUGGCUGCGUCUCUGCUGUAUAAAGCAUGUGGUCUAAUAGUGUUUGGACAGCUGACAGAUUAACCUUUCUUUUGGUAAUAUUUUCUGUGUGACACUUAUCCCCUUCACAAACAAAUGCUGUUUUUAAACCUUGGAUGCGAUUUCUGCUGCCUGCAGCAGAGGCAAGGGAAAGACUCCAUCUUAGAUUAACAGCUGUUUGCAUAGAUCAUUGAAGGUGCUUGCGUGUUUAGAUUGAGAUCAUCCAAGGGGAGUAUUAGAAGGAGCUGAAGUGUUGAAAUUCACAAUGAACCCCAUCUUGUCAGCAGUCAUGGCCAAGUUACUAUACAUCUCAAGGGUGAAUUACACGUGACAGAGGCCUGCUUGGACAUGGAUAAAUGCUGGCGUGUGGGAGCAGUGCAGCCCAGUGUGUUGCUGGGAAAUGAAUUCUUGGGGGGGUGGUAACCACUGUCUAGCUACACAACUUAAAAGUGAAGCAAGGGUUGUACGGUGAGGUGCUAACUCACAUUGGUCUCAGUAAAACAAUUUCUUUGACCUUUUCUGAGCUGCUUCUCACUUCUGAUUUCUAGCUCAGCUCACUCACCGGGAUUGUUAUUUUUCUAUGCAUUGCAUUGCCAGCAGCAGGUGGGCAACUGAAAAGAAUAAAGGUAAAAAAAGGGUGCAUGAGACAAAUACAUUUGACAUUGGAAUUCAGUGUUACAAUAUGCUGAUGGAACAUUGUUGAAACCUAUGAGUUUGGUCUUUCAUGGGACAUGCAAAGAAGCAUGGAUGGAUGGGAUUUUAUUGAAGAGACAAGCAAUAGCUUACAGUAUCUUGCUUAUUAUUUUUUUAACUUUGUAUUGUGUAGUAAUACACCCAUACACAAGAAGAAUCAAGGCUGCUGGAUUUUAGGUUAGCUGUGAAUAAAUCCCCUAAUUCUCCUCCAAAACUUUUAAAGAUUUUUUUACUUUAGACACACUUGAAACCUACAAUCCUAGGUUAGUUAGCUGAGUUUUACAUGGCAGUGGCUUUUAAACAUUUUGAGGAGUGUCUUCUGGUAUCACUGUCGUUGGGAAGGAGCUCAGUAUUAUCAAGAAUUAUUGGUAAUUUUAUGUGAAUUUAAUGAAAGGAUGACUCUCAGAAAUGUUUUGGUGAAGAUAAUUUAUUUUAAUAAAUCUCUUUUGAAUGCCUUACUUUACAAUGCUGUUAGUAAACUUUAAAAUAUAAGUGUGUAAGAGAGAUUUGGUUUUGCUCAGAGCACAGCUGUUUGUUAUUGUUUAAAAAAAUUAAAAAAACACAAACCUUUUAAUCAGUGUUGGUAAUUAUCCUGAAUUUCUUUAACGUAACUUUCCUUAUGCUCAGUGCAUCACUGUUAUGCAGGUGACUCAGUUUAGGUCUUAUGGAGUAGGUCUUCUCCUAUGUUAAAAGGAGAGGGAACCUAUUUGCUUAAAUGGGCUUUUGGAGAUUUUGUUUUUAUUACUUUAGUUGUGCAGCAGCUGUUGCUACGGGAACCCAUGAGUUCUACAAAGGUGAAAGUAACGGAGGAUUUGAGCGCUGUCCAGGUUGGUUCCACAGAAUGCAGCUUUUGAACUCUGUUAGUCUGGGCUAAAUUAAAUGCUAUUUUGUAUUUGAAA